GAGCAGCGGGCUGGCGGACGCGGUCCUGGCACCGCUCAAACCCGUCAGCAUGUCCGGGGACCCCCAGGAGGACACCCCGGUCUUCGAGGACAUCAAAACCCCCUCCCGAGCCCUGGAGACCCCUCCCGACCUGGCGCAGCUGCACCCCAUGAGGAUGGACCAGCGGAUGCCCCCCCUCAUCCUGGAGGCUCGCUCGGAGAUGGACAAGUACCUGCCCAGCGAGGUGCCGCCCGCGCCGCUGCUCCAGGACAAGAAGUACCGCCGCGAGAGCGCCUCGGUGGUGGACGAGUUCUUCUCCACGGAGAAACCCGGCUCGGCUCCCUACAGCGUCAACAUCAAUGUCAUCCUGCCCGACACCACCCACCUGCGCACGGGGCUCUACCGGCCCCCCAAGCCCGCGGCCGCCUUCCCCCAGAUCAAAACCGAGCCCGGCACCGCCUUCUCCCAGCCCUGCUCGUCCUCCUCCACGCAGACCCUGCCUGACUUCACCAGCGUCUUCAGCAUGCCCCAGUCCGUGGCCGUCAACAAUAUCUUUGUCAAGCAGGAGAUGCCGGCGGAGAUGCCCCUGCCCGGGAGCAUCCCCGGGCAGUUCUACCCCGCCCCGGGGGUGACUCUGCCGCCCUCGCCCCCCAACUCGCAGCCCGGCAGCCCCGAGAACCAGCCCGAGCUCAUCAACACCAUCUCCCCGCCGCCCUCCUACGAAGCCACUUUUGGACUCAAGCUGGUCCAGUCGUCCCAGAUGCCCCCAGUGGCCAACGGGGUGGGGGGCCUGGCCCAGGGGCAGGUGGUGAUGCAGCCCCCCAAGUACAACCGGCGCAACAACCCCGAGCUGGAGAAGAGGAGGAUCCACCACUGCGACUACCCAGGUGCGCCCCGGGGGGGAUUUGGGGCGCCCCGAGGGUGGGUGGAGCCCCAGGGCGGUGGGAGGGAGGGGAAGGGGCCGGUGCCACCGGCAGCACCCGGGUGUUUUGGGGAGUGUUUGGGGGUGUUAAACCUGGAGGAAAGGAGGCUCAGGAGAGACCUCAUCACUCUGUACAACUCUGUGAAAGAAAGUUGUGGCCAGAUGGGGGCUGAGCAGGGGGAGAAGAGAGCCAGGACCUGUGUGGUGCAGCUCAAUCCCUGUGCGCUCCCCGGCAGCGCCACGGAACGCGUGACUGUGCCCCGUGUGUGUGUGUGUGUGUGUGUCCCCUGGGCAGGUGAGAAGCCCUACAAGUGCACGUGGGAAGGCUGCGACUGGCGCUUCGCCCGCUCGGACGAGCUCACCCGGCACUACCGCAAGCACACGGGCGCCAAGCCCUUCAAGUGCCCGGCGUGCGGCCGCUGCUUCUCCCGCUCCGACCACCUGGCCCUGCACAUGAAGAGACACCAGAAUUAGGAGCCACUUCCCUUCCUGCCUCUC